AUGCUGCGGCUGCGGCGCCUUCCCUGCUUCUUCUUCGUCGUCUUUCCGUCUUCUGCUGCGGCUAUUAUCUCGCGGCCGGCGCGUGAGGACGUUCCCUGCCAUCCGUGGUCCGACGCCUGUACGCUGAGCGUGGGCGGCCCAGGACGUACCCAUCCCCCCCCGCUCUCCCCCUCGCUAACUGGCGCAGCCGACCUAGCGGCCACGGCCCGGCCUCCUACACGCGCGCGCGCGUCCCCCGUCGCCGUCGUCCGCCGCCUGGCCGUCGCCGUCCUUGGCCGUCGUCGACGACGCCGUCGUCGUCGCCGUAUCGUCGACCUUCCUCCGCUCCUCCUCCCCUCCCACCUCCCUCUCCUCCUCCUCCAACCUCCUCCUUCUCCUCCACCUCCUCCUCCUCCUCCUUCUCCUCGUCCUCCUCCUCCUCCUCGUCUUCCUCCUCCUCCUCCUCCUCGAUGCUGCCUCCUCCUCCUACUCCUCCUCCGCCUUCCUGCUUUCUCCUCAUCCACCGCCCCCGCCACUCCGCCUCAUUCCUCUCCUCCUCAUCCUUAUUUCCUACCUCAUCCGCCACCCCUCCUCCUGCUACUCAGUCCCCCGCAGACCUCCUCCAGCCCCUCCUCUUCCUGCUUUCCCCUCCCUCCCGUUAUCCUGUGCGCAAUUCUGUUCCGCCUCCUCCGCCUCCUCCUGCUCAUUCUGCCCCCCCCCUUCCCCACUCCUGCUUCUCCGUCUCCCCCCCUCCUUGUCCUCCUGGCCUCCUCCGCUUCCAGCCGCCGCGGGCCCACCACAAGCGGGCUGGCCCAGGUGGUCCGGUCGGUCGGCGGCGACGAGCUCAACGUGGCCAUAGCGCUGGCCAAGAUCGGGUGGACGGACACCGCCUGGGCAUCGGUGCUGCCAUCGGGCCCCCUCGGAGACAUUGUCCGGGAGACCGCGCGCGCGGCCGGCGUGUGCCUGAGCCAUUGCGAGGCCACCGAGGGCGAGAUCGGCACCUACACCGUCCUGCCCGAGGAGUGCAGGGUGCACUUCCAGCGGGGGCACUCGUGCUUCGCCCUGCAGCGGGAGGGGCUGGUGGACUGGCCAGCGCUGCUCGGGGCCCGGGGCGCGCCGACGUGGCUGCACCUGUCGGGCAUCUCGCCCCUGGUCUGCCCCGCCGCCGCUAGGUGUUGGGCGGAGGGCAUCGAGACCGCCGCCGGGCAGCACCUGCCAGUGACACUGGACCUGAACCACCGGCCGCAGCUGGGCACCCUGGAGCAGCUCUGGGCCGUGGUGGCUCCCAAGGUCCGCCACAUCCACCUGAUGAUCCUCGCGGCGGCGUCCGUGCGAGGGCUGGCGGCGCUCCUCGGCUUGGACGUCGACGGCGACGGCGCGGCGGCCAAGAGGCCCCGGCUUGCCGACGGCGAGGGCGCGAACGCCGCGCUGCGGCCGCUGCUCGUGAGCCUGCACGCCGCGUUGCACGGGCCGGCCCUGGCCUGCUGCUUCAAGGAGCGAGACGCAAGCGGGGUGCAGCGGCGCUGGAGCGUGGUUGUGGACUCGAGCGGCGUGCACUCCACGGAGGGCACCCCCGUGGUGCACAGGCCGAAGGACGAGUGCGGCGGGGGCAGCGCGUGGGCGGCCGGCCUCAUCGACGGGCUGGCCGGGCGCCUGCGGGGCGCGGCGCCCGCCCGGGCCUCCGGCGGGGAGGUCACCCUGCCUGCUGCUGUAGGGGAGCUCCUUCGGCGAGCGGACCUGCUGGCUGCGAUGUGCCAGGAGAGCGUGGGGGACCACUCCACCGUCACCCGCCCCCAGCUGCUGCUGGCGGAGCGGCGCUGGUCAGGAGCCAUGGCGGACCUGUGUGCAGCCGCUGCCGAGCACGAGGAGGGCACCGCGGCCGCCAAAAGAGUGAGCGAGGCGCUCGCGCAGAUGGAGCGCGCCAAGGUCGUGGCCAUCCUGCGCGCCAAGAACGAGGCGAGGGCCGUGGAAAGGGCCAAGGAGCUGGUGAACCUCGGGUUCCGCGCGGUGGAGGUCACCUGCGACAGCGCUGGCUUCGAGGAGGGCCGGCUGCUGCCCGCCCUGGCGCUCGCGGUCGGCGACCGCUGCCUCGUGGGGGUCGGCACCGUGACCACCCUCGCGCAGCUGCAGAAGGCGGACGGGGGAGCGGGAGCCUAUUUUUUUUGCAAGACUCUGGCAAGUUUGCUUGCAUGGACGGGGGGGGUGGGGCUCAUGUGGUAG